AUGGGAUUCAAAGUCAUCAUAGUCGGAGGCAGCGUGUCGGGCCUGUCUUUGGCCAACAUGCUCGAGAAGUUCAGCAUCGAAUAUAUACUCCUCGAGGCACAUCCAACGAUCGCCCCCCAGCUUGGAGCGAGCAUGGGUCUUCUCCCUGGUGGCUUGCGCAUCCUCGACCAGCUCGGCUGCUACGACCGCGUGCGGGAAAUAGUCGGAGACUGUUGCUAUUACCAACCAAGCCUUCGUCUCUUCAAUGGCAAGAUAUUGAACAAGAAGAAGCCUAAAAGCUUUUCUGAGCAGUUAGAGGACCGAACCGGAUAUCCCCAGAUCUUCAUUGAUCGGCAGAUGUUCCUUCAGAUCCUUUUCGACAACAUCCAGUCCAAGGAUAGAGUGAUGACGCGGAAGCGCGUUGUGUGCGUCGAAACAGCCGAGAACCACGUUUGCGUCCAUACUCAAGAUGGCUGUACUUAUACUGGAGAUAUCGUUGUCGGUGCUGAUGGGGUCCAUAGCGCUGUCAGAAAGGAGAUGUGGCGAAACGGCGUCGAAUCAGAUCCAGGCUCAUUCUGGCUAGAUGAGGACAAAGCGCUUGCGGCCGACUCAAAAUCUAUCUUUGGCAUUUCCAAACGGCCGAAGUCCCUACCUACUUCUGCUUUGCAAAUCAACUCAUUCUUCGACGGUCGCAACUACAUGAUGCUCUCAGCACCAGGGGAUCGACUCUAUUGGUUUAUGUUCCAAGAUAUGAGUAGAACUACUGGCAGUGAGAUUCCCAGAUUCACGAUCGAGGACGAAAGUAAUCUCGCAAGAAAACACUUUGAUGAUCAAGUCACAGCGUGCACGACCUUUGGGGACGUGUAUGAAAAUCGAUUGAAAACGGCACUCGUCUCUCUUGAGGAGCACGUUUUUGCUCGGUGGUAUUUCCGGAGAAUCAUCACCAUUGGAGACGCAGCUCACAAGGUUCACCCCAACACUGCCCAAGGCGGCAACGGCGCUAUCGAAACGUCGGCAGUUCUUCUAAACACUCUCUUACGGCGAUUAGACGACACAUCGAAACUGUCAGAACAGGAUAUCGAGGACGUUUUCGCAGAGGUUCAGACCAAACGUUUUGCCCGCGCCGCGAAUGCUCUCGAACAAGGCCGCCACACGUCAUCAAUCUCGACGCGCGAUACAUUCGCGUCGAGAUUCUUCGUACACUAUUUACUGCCCUAG